ACUGGUUCCACAGCUGACUAGGUCCAUCUCUAUUUAAACACGUGCUGUUUUUGGCUUCACUCAAAAAUAUCCACAUAUUUGUUAUGGAAACAUUUAAUAAUUGCCCCGGGUUCUGCCCUUCUUGCGGCUCAAUAUUGCCAACUCUGCAAGUUAAAGGAAAUGUGAUGUGCUACAACUGCAAGAAAGAGUUCCUUCCUGAUGUUUAUAGCGGGGAGAAAACCGACUUCAUCAUACAGUUUAACACCUACGAUCCCAGCAAGGUUUUCAACCGGACAAAAAGAGAAUCGGAAUCCUCCGAGGCAGAUGGUCCAGUGGUGGAGAGGAAGUGCCCCAAGUGCAACCACGACAAGAUGUCUUACGCCACUUUGCAGCUUCGAUCCGCGGAUGAAGGACAAACUGUUUUCUUUACCUGUCUUAAGUGCAAAUUCAAAGAAUCGGAGAAUUCUUAGACUUAAAAACUAUAGUGUAACACAGCCUGGAUUUCAUGUAGAAUAAAUAUAUUUUCUAAAACUGCA